AUGCCGUUGGAUUCAUUAGAAAAUGGGACUGUAGCUAGCCUUAGUUCUACAUACAGCGUUUCUUAUAACGCCAGUAACGUUUUAGAUGAUAAACCAGACAAACUGAAAUUUAUUGAGGGAUCAUGCUCUCGCACUGAUGUCAAAGAAUAUUCAGCAUGGCUCAGAAUAGAUCUUGGAAAUAACUACAACAUUCAGUUGGUUAAAUUUUGGUAUAGGAAUGAUUCAACGGUUUCCACGUCUAGUCUUCAAGGUUACUAUAUUAGGGUUACCAGUUCUAGCGAAUAUGGAAUGAAUUCAUGGAAUGAAGGUCAAAUUUGCUACCAGGAUCUAGGCAAUGAAACCUUACCCUUACCGGUCUUAAAUGAACAAGAAUGUCAUCGAACGGGUCGCUACGUGUGGAUUGUCAAUAACAAUGCUUCAGAAGAGGACUAUCCUUAUGUUCAUCUUGAAAUAUGCGAAGUAGAGAUUUAUGGCUGUAACGAAAAUGAAUACGGUGAAAACUGCACAGAUUGUGGUCCAUACUGUAACUUAUGUGAUAUUCUUCAAGGAUGUACAGAUUGUAGUGAAAACCAUAAUGGAUCAAGUUGUGAGGACUGUUUGCCAGGGUAUAGAGGAAUUAACUGCAGUGAGAAAUGCCCGGAGGGAUUCUAUGGUUCCAAUUGCUCGGAGAAUUGCACUGGGAUUUGUAAUGAAAACCAAACAUGCAAUCAUGUGACCGGGAAGUGUGAAUGUCGACCAGGCUUUUUCGGACAAAGCUGCACUGAACGAUGCUUGAAAAAUACCUAUGGUCAGGACUGUAUAUACAAUUGCAGCCAAAAUUGCCAGAAUGGUGAAGCUUGCGACUAUAUAAACGGAUCGUGUACCGAUGGAUGCAUCCCUGGUUGGAGGGGGGAGCUAUGUAAUGAAAGUAUGUAA